CUCACUUCUCCCUUUACACAUUCAAAAUGGGCAAGGACGCUGGUUACGCUCCUGGUGACUCUGCCAAGGGUGCCAAGCUCUUCCAGACUCGCUGCGCUCAGUGCCACACCGUCGAGGCAGGUGGUGCCCACAAGGUCGGCCCUAACCUCCACGGUCUCUUCGGCCGUAAGACCGGUUCUUCCGAGGGUUACUCCUACACCGACGCCAACAAGCAGGCCGACGUCACCUGGGAUGAGAGCACUCUCUACCCCUACCUCGAGAACCCCAAGAAGUACAUCCCCGGUACCAAGAUGGCCUUCGGUGGUCUCAAGAAGGCCAAGGAGCGCAACGACCUCAUCACCUACCUCAAGGAGAGCACCGCUUAGAUGUUUUCAUCUAUGUGAAUCCUUCUAGAUCCCGAUCGAGAUGCGCGGGGUGGUCUCGAUUCUGCGCGCUGGAAACAGCCGGUCAUUCGGCCAUCUUGCCAUCGCGAUUGGGUCAUGUAACAUUACCAUCUGUUUACAUGCGAUAGACUUUGGGAUCUUCGUGCGAUGGAAGAAAAAGAGGAUGCUAUAGAGUCUUUUGCCUCCCUCGCGACCGCUGUCUACUACACAUAUUCCCGAUUGAUGUUUAUGGCUAUUUCUUUUUUAUUUUUUUUUCUUUUGUGACCGAUGGAAUGUCCAACUUGGUGUAUCAUGGUAUCCAUCUUCUGUGAGACUAUAAUGAAAUAAGAUCUCCUCUCAUGACGCCACGCGC